AUUAUUAUUUGUGAACAGAAACAGAAAGACAAGAACAACAACAGUUCAAAAAGAAAGCCAAGGCACCAACAACAUCCUGCCAAGACUACAAUAAGAUAGAAAAGAAAAAGAAAGAAAAGGAAAAUGCACAAACAACGCUCUCCUUUCACUGGAGGAAGUAGCUUUGGGGCUGCUCCCUUCAAUUUCAAUGCCCAGCAAUUUGUGGAUGCUUCUAAUUUUGGUUCAACCGAUGGUCUCAAUGGCAUGCCAUUUUUAUCAAAGACCCAACAGAUACCAAUGAAGCAUAUACCCAAGGAAGUGAUACGUUCGUUCAGUCAUCCACGUGACAAUGGCGAUGGAGAUUGCGGUGUGGAUGCCAUUUCGCGUGCGAUUUCUGCUAGAAGUGGUGGCUCUAAGACUUGUGGAGAUUUUUCACCCAUUACUCGUCAGGCUCUUGCCACAGUCGGCGGCAGUGUGUGCAACGGCAGUGUGGGCAGUGGCACAUCAAUAAGUAGCAGCUUCAAUGGUCACUUUGAGGGCGAGAAUUCCAUCUUUACCAGCACCGCCAUCAAGGAUAUGAAGCAAAAGACUCCGUCUCUCAAUGAGGAGCCAAUUGCAAGCAACCCCAAUACCACCGUUGGCACGCUAAGCAACCUGCUGAAGGCAAAGGACCGCUGUAUCACUGAAACGGACACUGAACCGAAGGUUGCUUACUCUGACGGGACAUGUUGGCAAAGGGCAUACAAUUAUGUAAAAUCAACAAUAGAGCCAGAGAAUCAAGAGCGUCUGGAGAAGAUCAUGGAGCGUUGGAAUAAGUAUCCAAUUAUUGGUUAUAUGGUGCUCUUGAUGCAACUUUUUAACAUAGCGAUGGCAGCCACUGGCAAGAUGAUCACUACGUUUGGAACUACAAACAAAUCCCGUAUACAAUUCUGGCGCUAUAGAUUCCAUAUGCGCAGCACCGUACGCAAUAUGCUAUGGCGUAUGGCCAAUGCCAAGGCAAAUGACACAGUAUUAUUCCUUAUUAUUGUUCUAGUCACACCAUGGCUAUUUCUACUUGGCCUAUUUGGGUUUGCCGUCUCUUUUGUAUUUUACAUUAAGGCUGUUUUAACCGAAACCAUUCAUCAGAUGCAUAUGCGUUUGAUGUAAUACGAAAACGAUGAUGAUGUUAAGCUUAAGUAUGGUGAAUGAGUGAAACAGGCGGAAAGGUAGGAAGGAAGAAGGAAGGUAGGCAAUUAGGUAGGGAAAGAGCUAAUAGAGAGAGAAAGGCAAACACACGAGAUGUCAUCACUCAGUACCAUUACUAGUGGCAGCAGCAGAAACAUCAUCAGAGCAGAGAACACAUCACGGACACUACCAAAGAUACUCAGCGUAUCAACCCCCCAACCAUUAUCCCUGACCCAAUCUAUACAUAUCAAGAAUAAAUGUUUAAAAAAAAAAUAAUGUACAAACAUAAA